CAAAAAACAAAUCUUGCGACACCGCAUUUUUCGGAUAGUCAACUUCAUUUAAUAAACAUUGAAGCCUUAAAUCAUGAUUAGCAAAAUAAGUUAGUUAGAUGGAGAUGGAGCGAGUGUCCAGAUCAACUCCAUUCAUAACCAUAACCUGCUGCUUACUGCUAAUCCCUCUUACAUAUGCUGCCUUUUUAGCAGUAUACAAAACACCAUCCCAACAAUGGACAGGGACAGGGACAGGGACGCCAUGGUUUUCAAAAUCUCCAGAAAACAGAGGACAGGAUGAUUCUCUAAAGUUUCUUUUGGAGAGACUUGUUACAGGGGGCGAUCGAGAAAAGCUUAAAGCGAGUGGCUUUGCAUGUGAUGUUGCACCUCACUCGGUUGUUUGCGUGUCAAAUCAGCAAGUUAAAAUUGAAACUGGGAAUUUGAAAGUUCAUGUUCCGAUUUCAUCCUAUAAUCAAACCGAGACCGAGACCAUGGUCCAGCCGUAUGCAAGGCAAGAAGAUAAAGCUCUUAUGAAAUGGAUAACACCUGUUCAUGUACUUUUACAGAAGAUGAAAACUACAACACCUGUAAAUUGUAAUUAUACCCACAACGUCCCUGUUAUCGUAUUCUCAUCUGGCCUAAUUGGAAACCUAUUCCAUGAAAUCAGCGAAAUCGUGAUCCCACUUUUCAUCACAGCUCGCCAUUUUGGAUCUGGUGUACAGUUCAUGGUUACCGAUUACCAGCCUUGGUUUGCCCUAAAAUAUAACCGUAUUCUCACGCAAUUGUCCCGUUAUCAAGUUAUAGAUACGACUUCGAAUGCAAGUGAUCACUGUUUUCCAGGAGCAGUGGUUGGGCUGAAAUAUCAUGGGAAUCUCGCGUUGAAUCCUGAUUCCAUUCCAGGAGGCCACACCAUGCUAGAAUUCAAGGAGUUUCUCAGACAAACAUACGGUCUGAAGAUCAAAAACGCAAAAGAGAUAGACAAGCCGACCUUGCUCCUCGUUUCCAGAAAGAAGUCAAGGACGUUUGAAAAUGAAGAUGAGAUGGUUGAAAUGAUGGAAGAGAUUGGGUUCCAAGUGGUGGUUAUCAGAAAGACAAAAGAGAUGAUGAAUUUGGAUGAGUUUUCGAAGGUGGUGAAUUCCUGCAAUGUUAUGGUUGGUGCACAUGGUGCUGGCCUAACAAACAUGGUUUUCUUACCUCAAGGGGCUGUGCUUGUCCAGGUUGUACCUUACGCAUUGACAUGGGCCUCUGAAACAUAUUUUGGCCACCCAACAAUGGCGAUGGGGUUGAAGUAUUUGGAGUACAAAGUUGUUGCUGAUGAGAGCUCCUUGAUACGCUCAUAUGGACCAAAUGAUCCUGUGAUUGCUGAUCCGGAUUCUUUAUUUUCCAGAGGUUAUGAAGCUGUAAGGGCUAUUUACGUGGAUGGCCAGAAUAUGACGAUUGAUCUUUCAAGGUUUAGAGCCACCAUUGUUGAAGCACUUAUGCAUCUUCAGCACCCAUCUCCUCCAAAUUGAUGGAAGAAAUCAUAAGGGGAAUAUUCACUUGUUGGCUUUUGUAACAAUCAAAAGAUAUAAAUGUUAGAUACUUUAGAAUCAAAACAAACAGAAAAGAUGAGCACAACAUAUUAAAUGG